AGCUCGCCCGCUGAUCUCGGACUCGCUUAGGUCUGGCCGCCCCGCACCAUGCACUCUCCCACUAAGGUGUCCUCAACCCUUCUGCUGCUGUCCUUGCUGCUCCUGCCGCCCCCUGGGCCUGCGAAGGCGUUCGAACUGCCGCCCCGCGAGGAUGUGGCGCGCGUGGCGCGAUUCAUAGCACACGUCUGCGAUUGGGGCGCGCUGGCCACAGAGUCCACUUUGCCUGCGGUGCGCGGGCAGCCUUUCGCCAACAUCUUCUCCCUCAGCGACGGGCCCGUGGGCGCCAGCAGCGGUGUGCCCUACUUCUACCUCAGCCCGCUCCAGCUGUCCGUGGGGGACCUGCAGGUGAAUCCAAAUGCCACUUUGACAAUGUCUUUGGCACAGACUGAUUUUUGCAAGAAAGAAGGAUUUGAUCCUCAGAGUCCUCUUUGUGCUCACAUAAUGCUGUCAGGAACAAUCACUAAGGUGAAUGAUACAGAAAUGGCCUUUGCAAAAAAGUCAUUAUUCAGUCGUCACCCUGAAAUGGAAUCAUGGCCUUCAGAUCAUAACUGGUUCUUUGCCAAAUUGUCUAUAAACAACAUCUGGGCCAUAGACUACUUUGGUGGAGCCAAAACAGUGACACCUGAAGAAUAUUAUAAAGCCAAACCUUAGUAAAGAGGAAUAUGAUCAAUUCCAUCAAGAUGCUUGAGCCACUUUGGGAUACAUAGAGAAACUGCUAUGUAUGUUUGUAGUCUGGGUGUAAUUUUGUAAAAGAAAGGGGAAAAAAAGCUUAUUUUUACAUACUUAAUAUUUAGGUCAGAGAUUUGCUGGGAGAAUUUUAGAUUUAAAUAUUUUUAUGAUAUUUUGAAAUUUGAGCAAGUUUUUUUAAAGAAAUAAUGUCAUUAAUGAAUCCUGGUUCCACUGAGUAUUAUUAGUUUUCCCAGAAAUGAAAGUUACACAUUUAAAUUGUCUUUGGAGAUUGAAAGCUAUUUCAGCAUGUGUCCUUUAUUCUUGGAAAACUCUUUGCCCACUAAACCUCUACUAUUCACUACCUAUUAAGGCCUCUGAUAGUUUUAUCUGAAUAGGAUGAAAAGGGAUUAAUUUGCUCAUACACUGACAUGUGCCUGAAUCUUGCCAAACAGAAAAACUUUAUUUAAAACCAAAUGGAGUUUCAGACAGCUAAUCAGCUUAUGUAUGGUGGUUAGUGUGUGGGUGGGGGGGUUCUUGUUUUACAGGAACAAAGUUGGACACUGAAGAAAUUGCUUUGACAGUAAUAUAGCAUCAAGGAGGCAUAUGAAAUUUGUUGCUUAUGCUUUCUUACUUUUAGCAAACAGGGUCAUUCAGACUUCUUUAGUAGAAGCCUUGGUAGAAGAAAUUUCCUUGUCUGGGAGUUCCUUACAACAAUUAAGAUCACAGGGACAGUUCCUAUCUCCUGUUUGAGUUGUACAAAAUUGGUUAUCGCUUUAAGAUCAUUUUCAUUUUCUUCAUAAAUGUCACAGACUAAAAUAUUUCCUCAAUCUCUAAUAAUCAUUUUCAUUUAUUUGAAAGUUUGUGCAAGUAGCAUCACAAUACUUGGGAUCUCUUCAUAGCUCUGUUAUUGACUGAUUUUUAAAAUGCUUUAUUACUACUAAGUUGUUUAAGCCAUAAUCAAGGGAAUGAAAUAGGGACGAAACCUUAUAAACACCAUAUAAGGUCCUUUUAGAAUUUCAUUAACGAAAGUCAAGUCCUUAUAGAUUUGUCUUACCUUGAAUUCUGCCUUGCAAUAAAUAAUAGCUAUUCAACAAAUAUUUGUAUUGUAAAUUGGUUGCUUUUAAGGUUCCAGUAAAUUUAUGUAACUCGGGGAAAUACAAUGUCUGAAAGGAUUUAGGGAGCUCUUCAGAUGAAAUGGGUUUUUAGAAGCCUACCAGUUAGCUUCCUUAAAAUGUCUUAAAGGGAGAACAAUUAUUAAUUUAUUAUAUACAGAAGUAAUUUCAGGUAUUCAGACUCUUCAAGUAUGCCUUCAAAGUGUGUAUUAUAUUAGGUGUUAAAUGCUAAAUUCUGAAACUGCAAAGUAAAAAAAAAUGAAUGUCUUUGAAAACUACAAAAUUUACUUAUAGCAUUCAUCAUGCUCAACUAAUGCUUUAAAAAUGUUUUCUAUAGAUUUUCUUUAUAAAGUUGUCUUUUCAAACAAAGCACUAAUAAUUAAAAUUAAUAUAUUCUUUAAUGAAAA